AUGAGUUCAUCAUCAACACGUCCAAGUAAUAAUCGAACUCGUGUUAAACUUUAUACAUUAAAUGAAGAACGACAAUGGGAUGAUCGUGGUACUGGUUUUGUUACAUGUUUAUCUCCAACAACACCUAAUACAUGUUAUUCAAUUAUAGUUAAAUCAGAAAUUGAUGGUUCAACAUUACUUGAAUCAAAAAUUCAACUUCAUACAAAUUAUCAAAAACAACAAGAAACUUUAAUUGUUUGGUCCGAAGGUGAAAAAUAUGAUUUAGCAUUAAGUUUUCAAGAAAAAGCUUGUUGUGAUGAUAUAUGGGAAAAUAUCUGUGAUGUACAAGGAAAAGAUUCAUCAACAUUUUUAACGAAUGCAAAUAAUUUAACAAAUGAUUCAGCUAUAUAUGAAUCUGAUGAUGAUUGUGGUGAAUCAAAUGAAAAUUAUUUGUCAUCAACAAUAAGUUUACCAUCAGUUGAAUUAUCCCAAUUACAUGAUAUAUGUAAUUUAUUUUCACCAGAUAAAGUUCGUGAUGCAACAAGACGAGAUUUAUUAGCACGUGCAGUUGAAUCCGAAAAUUAUAUUAAAAAAUUACUUGAUUUAUUUCAUAUAUGUGAAGAUUUAGAAAAUAUUGAUUCAUUACAUCAAUUAUAUGAAAUAAUACGUUCAAUAUUUUAUUUAAAUAAAUCAACAUUAUUUGAAAUUUUAUGUAAUGAUGAAUAUAUAAUGGAUAUAGUUGGUUGUUUAGAAUAUGAACCACAAUUAACAAUAAAAACAAAACGAAAUCAUAGAGAAUUUUUAAAUAAAAAAGCAACAUUUAAAGAAGUUAUACCAAUUGGUAAUCAAGAAUUAUUAGGAAAAAUUCAUCAAACAUAUAGAAUACAAUAUAUACAAGAUGCUAUUUUACCAACACCAAGUUUAUUUGAAGAAAAUUUAUUAUCAACAAUGAAUAGUUUUUUAUUUUUUAAUAAAGUUGAAAUUGUUACAUUACUUUAUGAAGAUCCAAAAUUUCUUAGUCAAUUAUUUGCAACAUUAAAAGAUGAUAAUUUAUUAGAUGAUAAACGAAAAGAUCUUAUGUUAUUUCUUAAAGAAUUUUGUGUUUUUUCACAAACAUUACAACAACAAAAUCGAGAUAAUUUCUUUCAAAAAUUUUUUCUUAUGCUAAAUAAUAAUUUUAUAUUGAUAAAGUUUUUAACAGAUGAUUUAACCAACAACUAUAUUUCGAAAGCUUCUAUUCUAAAUCUCAAAUAG